GGUGCGGGGAGCGGGGAGCGCGGCCCUCGGAGCGCCAGCGCUGCCCUGCACCGCGAUUUUCCUUUUUAACCUUUUGGUUUUGUUUUCUUCUUAUCCUACUUCCCUGUCGGGACUGAAGCAGGAUCCGCGUCCCUGGGACUGCUAUGCCAGCUGAACUCUCCCGGGCCGUGGGAAUGCACGCCAUCUCUGACCUCCACUCCUCGCUGCCCCUGCGGCUCCUCAACAAGGGGCCCGAGUACCUCCGCAGGCAGCUGGAGGCCGGCAAGCCGGGCAGGAAGAGUGCCGUGGAGAGACUGGCCGCCGAUAAGGCCAAGUACGUGAAGAGCCAGCAGGUGAUCAGCAGCAGGCAGGACCCCGUCAUCGCGCUCAGCUCGGCCUCGGAGAGCAGCAGCGAGAGCUGCUCCGUGGGGAGCAGGGCGGGCCGGGAGCGGGAGCGGGCCCGGGCCGCGGGCGCCAGGCCGCUGGAGCCGGGCCGGGCCGGCAGCGCCUGCCGGGCCCCCCUGCAGCACGGCCCCCCCACCGCCCGCCGCAGCACCCGCCGGCAGAUGCGGCCGGACUCCCUGGUGAUCUACCGCCAGAAAUGUGAGCUUGGCAGAGGUCAGAGCCAGGACAGCCCGCGGGGGAGCUUGGUGAGGAGGAUCUUCAAUGGGUCCAUAAAGGAGAAGCAGCUGGCUUCCCCUGAGUUGCCCAGAGUCAUGGAGGACACGGCAGCCACCGAGGGCAGCGAGCCUCUCUCGGCCGAAGGUGGUGACCGUGAGCCGAGCGACCGUGGAGCGGUGCAGACUGUCCCUGUGAGCGCUGAAGGGGCAGGGCUGUGUACGAAGGAGCACGAGAGACCCUCGAAACUGAGCGCACCUCCUGAAGAGGUCAAGGAGGUGAAGAGGAGAGGGCUCCAUCGCUCCCAGUCAGACAUCAGCUCGCGCUACUCCAAGUCCUUUGCUGAGUUUGACACCUUUUUCAAGUACUGUGGCCUGGAGCAGGAGGUCAUUGAGGACCUUGGGAGAGAGAACUUCUCCGUGGUGUCUGACAACGUGUCCUUCAAGAUCCGCAGCAUCAGCGUGGCCACGUCGGAGAGCGAGUUCACGCGGCACAGCGGCGACGAGGGGCUGCUGGAGGACGAGCUCACCGAGCAGGUCCCCAGCAGCACCUCCGUGGUGGAGCGCAACGCUCGCAUCAUCAAAUGGCUGUACACGUGUAAGAAAGCCAAGGAGAGCAACACGGUGAUGCAGGAACUGGCGUGAUGACUUCAUUCAGCAUGCCUUGGAGCCUGCUGAACCCAAGAAUUGUUGACUUGGAAGUUGAACAAAACCAGAUGCAGGAAGAAACUGUUCCCUCAUCUGGCUUAUGUGUACUUUGUCCAAGUUUAGUGUUUUGUUAUUCCUUCCUACCUUCACCCCCAUCCCCUGGAAGCCUCAGUUUUGUCAAGCCCAAGAGUGUCCAAGACUGCAGUGAAAAGUGGAGAUUGUGAACUGUGCCCCAGCAAGACAGCAGGAAACAAAAGCCCCUGGAAAAGUGAAGCUUGACAGCAGCUGCCGUCCACAAUAAUAUUCAACAUCAGCUCACUGCCUCGGGAUGUCAUUCCAGGCUGUGACAGAAGGUCUGUUUUGUGCAUCCAUCUCUCUCCAGCAAUGAAUUUGUCAACAGUGAUGGGGAGAGAAAGUGGGAAUGAAGUGGCAAUGAUUUCUGGGUCAGGUGUUCCCUUGCAGACUCCACCUGGAUGCUCAAAGGCUCUGCCUUACCAAGGCAGUUUAAUUAGAGCUCAUCCUGACAUCAUUCUCCAUCAUUUGCUUUGCUGGUGAGGACUAACUGUGGCAUCCUUGUCUGAGAUACUUGGCAAACGUUGUAAGCUAAACCCCUGCCAAACCUCUCUUUCUCUGAGAGCAUGCAAGCCAAAUUGGUGUACCUUGUAUCCAUCCAGUUUGCUCUUGCUAGUUUGUCAUGCAGCUUGCUCAGCCACUGGGAAAGAAUAGCACCAAAUCCUUCCAGGAGCAUGGUUCCGAGAAACAGGUAUUGAGGGAGGCUUUGCAUUGUUUCUGCCUUGCAGAACAGUGCAAUUUGUUUGCAGUGUGUGCCUGACUCUGACAUGGCAAACACUGCAUGGUUUGGCAGUCGUGGUGUAACACCUUUAGUUUUAGGCAGUGAGUGAGCAGGCUCUUGCAGAAUGGCAUUAGGGAGCUCUGUGUAAUGUUCCAGGCUGUGUAAAGCCACACUUCCCGAGGUUGGGUCUGGUUGUGCAAGGCAGCAUCACUGCCCUGCAAGGCAAGGAGACAUGCUAGGGCACAGCCAGGCCAGGGACUGUCCUGGUGACACCCAGUGUGGACAGCACCUUACUCAAUAUCAUCAGUAAAAUGCUUCAUUUGGGCUGCCUGAGCUAAAUGUGUUGAAAAGGUGAUACUUGGGUCAUUAGUGUAGUGAAUGAGGCCUCUGCAGUCACUCAUGGAAUUUGCUGACUGUGCCUCAAACACCCCAAGCUGUCAUUGUUUGCUAGAAAAUCAAAGCAUUUGUACAUGGACGUUAGAAAACCACAAAGCAAUUAAAAAAAAAAAUAAAGCCAAAGCCACUUCCCCUUUCAUUUGCAGCGAUACCCAUCUGUGAAAGCUGCCUGACUGGCAUAAUGUUUACUUCAGCUGUUGGUCCUGCAGGGGUUAAAAGUUUACUUAGUGUUGCCAUGAUAGUGGAAGAGUUACCCUUGAAGAGCUCCUCCACAUCAGCUAAAUAUCAUCUGAGUUCCACUUCGUGGGUUUUAAAUGUGCUUGUCAGUCCUUGGAUGGUUAGUUCUCAAUUACAGCACCAGUUUGGAAAUGCAAUGUCUUCUGUUUCUAGUGUUAGGUACUAAGGCCUACAUGUCUGAAGUUUUUAAGAUAACUAGAUAACAAUUCAGAUAAAAUAAUUGUUGAACCCACUUUUCAACAGGAGGAAAACAUAGUUUGUGUGAGCUCCUUCAAACUUAGAGAGAUGGUAGUAUAUGUGGAUAUUUUCUUACAUGAAAAAAUCUCCAUAUAUAUUUGUUACAUUAUUAUAAAAGGAUGAUUCUCAGAAACUUCAGGAUGCUGCUAAUAUGAUAAGAUUUAUACACUGAAGGUGCUGGUUUUUAAGGAUCACAGUCUAGGUUUAUUAGUCAGAAACAUAAUCUGAUGUAUCCAUUCUGUUCAUGCUCCCAGCAAGAUGCUGUACCACAUAUAUAUUUAUAUAUCAGAGCUAAGGAAUGCUUUUCUUUGAAAAUAUGGAUGCCUGUAGAUAGCUGAGAGUGCAGGAAAAAUCUUUGGAGUUACAAUCCAGUGCUCUGCAAUGGGGAAGAGAAUUAAUUUGUUUUGUUUCCAAGGAAAUUUUUUGUUUGAUUUUCAAACUUCUAUUUGUUGUUCCUGUGUCACUGAGCAGCUUUCAAAAGUAAGAUGAAAGAUGUAUUGCUCAUGAGUUUUCAAUAUUAGGAAGGAUUAUGUUUAAUUUGCUUGAAAAUACCAAGUAUCAGCCUUUCUGAAAAUUAGUAAGGGUUUAUGGCAGAGGUUAGUGAAAUCAGAACUGGGCCCAUUCUGAAUACUUCUUUAAUCCCUCUUUUUGUCUUUGUGGAUAGUUCAGUAGGGUUCAGGUGACUUUCCACACUGAUAUCACAAAAUUUCUCUGUUUAAACUCUGUAGGAAUGCUAAGCACUCCCAUUUAUUUCAGUGGUGAUGUGGACCUGUCUAAGAUCUUUGCCUGAUAAGCUAUAGAUUCCCUUUAUUACCUUCUGGGGAAGCUAAUAAUUUACAUUUCCUAUAUGUUAGAACAAAAAAGGAUGACAAUCUUUCUUUCCCUGUACAUUUUGGGAAUUGGCAAUUCAGUGCUUUUUCCAAAUGAUGAGAGCUCUGGUGUUUGUUCAGUUCCUGUUACUGUUACAUGUAAAGGGUUUUCCUUUCUUCUGCUGAGUUUCAGUCAUAUCCUUCAAAAUGAGGAGAACUUGCUGACGGUAGGCACUACCUAUCUUUUUUCACAAAAAAAAAUAUUUUUUUUGUUCCGUUUUUGGUUUUUUUUUUACUAUUUGAUUGUAAAAGAUAUCCUUUGGGAUGGAAUUUUCCAGCUUUGGUGUUAAACUGUGGAACAGGGGGCUGUUGCAGUUUGAACAAAAGUUGUAGCAACAGAGUUGGUUUUCCAGUUGUCUGGGGAGCCUAAAACAGCGGCUGAUGACAAAGGCUAAUCAUAAAUUGAAUUACUUUGUUUGACUAGAACUAUGUAAACAAAAUAGCCAAAUGGGGUGCAAGUGUGCAGAGCAAAUUGCUGUUUACACCCAAGUGUUUCAUGGUUCUCCAGUGCUGUGACAAGGGGCAAUGUCCACAGAUGUGGCAUAACAGGAGAAAGGUACAAGGUCUGGGGUUUAUGGCCUGGAAUAUGGAGAUAAACUGACAUCUUUGCAAUAUACUGUAAAUAUUACUGUACAGAAAUCUAUAAGAAAUAGAGAUUUUUCUAUAUGUAUAUUACUUUUCUAAAGGGUGUAAGUGUACAUGUUUUGUGAAAUUGGCCAAGCAUUACAACAGUGGAGAUAAAGCAGAAACUUUCUUCUGGGGCAGGUUGUCCUGCCAUUGCCUCCUGUGAAGUUUCUUGCAUCUGCUUUUGAAUCCUUUGAAAUGGAAUACCGGUCACAUGAGAUAUGGAUGUUUCACCAUUGUUAUGUUUAUAUUUCUGUGAAAAAAACCGUGUGCUAUUGAAUGCAUACAAAUAAAACUACCAUUCUGAGA